CUGCUGACGCUGCGGGCUCCGUACAUGCUGCAGGAAGAAAACAGGAGACGUGUCCCACUCUCACAUUAGCAUGAACGGACAGAUGGAGGCAGACAGCACCGGUGGAAACAUGGGUGGGAAAGCAGACGAGGAAAUAGCAGAAAACCCAUUUGAACCUUACAUUGAAUCUAUGCGACAACAACUGGAAGACCAAGACCCCGUUUUUCUGAUCGGAGUUAUCGUCGCUCUGGCUGUCAUUAUCAUCACCUGUGUGUUUCUGAAGUACUUUCUCUCCAGUAAAACCGUCCGGAGUGCUGUGCUGCUGGUCGGACUGUGUGACUCCGGGAAAACCCUCCUUUUCACCCGGCUGUUGUCAGGAAAGUUCAAACGCACACAGACCUCCAUCACUGACAGCAGUGCUCCAUACAAAGCCAAAAACGAAAAGGGCAGCACCUGGACUGUGAUUGAUCUGCCAGGACAUGACAGUCUUCGCCCUCAGUACCUGGAGAAGUUCAAAUCUGCAGCCAGAGCGAUUGUGUUUGUAGUAGACAGCGCUAUUUUCCAGAAGGAAGUGAGAGACGUGGCAGAGUUUCUGUACAUCUUGUUGACGGACACUGUGAUCUCCAGGAAUGCCCCAGCUCUCCUGGUGGCAUGCAACAAACAAGAUAUCACCAUGGCAAAAUCAGCUAAACUGAUUCAGCAGCAGCUGGAAAAGGAAUUGAACACCCUGCGAGUGACACGCUCCGCAGCCCUGAGCUCUCAGGACGGCUCUGUGGGUGGCAGUGUUUAUCUGGGGAAAAAAGGCAAGGACUUUGAGUUCAGCCAGCUGCCCCUUAAGGUGGAGUUUGUGGAGUGCAGCGCCUGCGGCAGCAAGGGUGAAGAGGGGGAGGCAGACAUUGAGAGCCUAGAGAAGAGCCUGGCUAAACUGUAAAGGCAGCAACUUAACAUCCUCAGUGCACAAUUUGACUGAAAGGCACAGACCUCUGGUCAACGGUCACAUCAGUAAUCAAAGGAGGGAUGACAAACGCAUCUCAGUGGAGGAUUUAUUUGACAGGAGUAACCAGUCAAACAUCGUAUCUGUGCUGGCUGUCAAUAUAAAACGUUAUUACAUUAAAAGGUGGAAGAACUUUUGAGGCAUAUUCUAGCCAAAAAGACUGAAAGUAAUGUAACGGAAAAUGAUCUUUGUCUGGUUGCUCUGCAGUGCUGAGAACUGAUAAUGUGCUUUUAUAUAGUGCAAAUCUUACUGUG